GACACACACAGGGGACCGGGGAAGAAGACGGGUCUCUGGCAGAAGCUGAUUAGAGCCAGCAGUCAGCACACACAAGUGGUGGUCGGUAGGAUCUGACAGGAGAACCGUAAACAGAAGAAACCAUGAAGAACGAAGGUAUAGAGGGGACGGAGAGGUUCCUGAGCCCGGACCGCGGCAGAGGCCUGCGGGCGGUGAGGCACUUCGCGGUGGGGGAGCUGGUGUUCGCCUGCCCUGCCUACUCGUACGUGCUGACAGUGAAUGAGAGGGGAGCGCACUGUGAGCACUGCUUCACCAGGAGAGAAGACCUUUUUAAGUGUGGCAAAUGUAAGCAGGCCUACUACUGCAACAUUGACUGUCAGAGAGGCGAUUGGUCCAUGCAUAAGCCGGAGUGUGUAGCUAUGUGUGCCUAUGGGGAAAACUGGUGUCCAUCAGAGACUGUCAGACUGGUGGCUCGAAUCAUCAUGAAACAGAAAGUCACAACAGAGCGCACCCCUUCAGAAAGGCUGCUACUGCUCAGUGAAUUUGAAGCCCAUUUAGAUAAGAUGGACAGUGAGAAGGACGAGAUGAACCAGACAGACAUAGCAGCGCUGCACCACUUCUACUCCAGACACAUCAGUGACUUUCCAGACAAACAGGCCCUCACUGAGCUAUUUGCACAGGUUAACUGUAAUGGUUUCACCAUAGAGGACGAGGAGCUCUCCCAUUUGGGAUCAGCUGUUUUUCCUGAUGUAGCACUGAUGAAUCAUAGCUGUAGUCCUAAUGUCAUAGUGACCUAUAAAGGCACAGUGGCUGAGGUCAGAGCUGUUCAAGAGAUAAACCCUGGAGACGAGGUCUUUAACAGCUACAUAGACCUGCUCUAUCCAACAGAGGACAGGAAAGAGAGGUUGUUAGAUUCCUACUUCUUCGCAUGCCAGUGUACUGAGUGCACCACCAAGUCCAAGGACAAAGCAAAAAUGGAGAUCAGGAAGCUGAGUUCUCCACCAGAACCAGAGGAAAUCCAGUCCAUGGUCAGUUAUGCCAAGAAUGUCAUCGAGGAGUUCAGGAGAGCAAAACACUACAAGACCCCCAGUGAGCUGCUGGAGAUGUGUGAGCUCAGCCUGGAGAAGAUGGGAGCUAUAUUUGCAGACACAAACGUCUACAUGCUGCACAUGAUGUAUCAGGCCAUGGGUGUCUGUCUCUACAUGCAGGACUGGGACGGAGCUAUGAGCUACGGAGAGAAGAUCAUUCAGCCAUACAGUGUUCACUACCCGGCCUAUUCUCUGAAUGUGGCGUCUAUGUAUCUGAAACUGGGACGUCUCUAUUUGGGGCUGGAGAAAAAGAAACAAGGAGUCAGAGCUCUGAAGAAGGCGGUUGCCAUCAUGGAGGUGGCUCAUGGGAAGGAUCACCAUUAUGUAGCGGAAGUCAAACGAGAAAUCCAGGAGCAGAAGUAAACAAGGAGGAUCCUCUCUGAAAGCAGCAAACACACAUCACAACUGCAUGCCGUGCAUCUUAUACCUCUCCUUUCCUCGUCGCCCACUCUCUUGUUUUUCAUGCCUUUUUGUAGGCGGGGUUUCUUUUUUACUGUCAACAUAUUCUGGCUGAGGAUGACCAUGUUUUGUACCUGCAGCUCUCUACUGCCCGUCAGACCUGGAGUUUAAAACAGACGAAUUAGGGUUAAAAUGUUUUGAAUGAAAAAAGUGACUGAAAUACUGUGUGCUGAAGCUCAUUACACACAUCCAACACCCAUACUGUAACACACGAAGGAUCACUCAGUGGACAAACUGUAAGACUGCCUUUAAAGCUGUCUUUCAGGGGAAACAAAGCUUUCAUAUAGCGGCUAUAGAACUCCAUUUUCUGAUGUGAAAUGUCCAGUUUUUCUGUCUUUGUGAGUCUGAAAUCACUCACUGUGUUCUGUAGAUCCAUCAGCAGACAGUUUCAGCACCAUUUACGUCUUUGACAGCAGUUUUAGUCACACAGUUGUGCUCUACAAGAGUUGUUUAAGGAUUAGGACUUCUGUACAAACUAGUUCGUAGUUGUUAUGAAGGGCAUUACUACUUAUUCCCAGCCAAUGUAUUUUAUUCUAUCAGAGUUUUGGGCUUCAGUGUUUUUUGUUUAAACUGUGAAAAAAUAAUGACUGACCAUGCAUCAGGUACUCUGUAGCAAAGGAGAGGAGAUGCAAAGAUCUAUUCCUGAAUGAAUACCCAGUGGUUUGGCUUGUCUUACAGUAUGUUGUGCUCGUUUUAAAGAACCAGAAAAGUGUUGCAUGUUUUAUUGUUUAUGUUGUGUGUUGUUGUUUUUUUCAUACGAGGCUUGUUGACCAAAGCGGCCACAGGUUUAAUUGACAAGGAACCAGCUUCAAUUCUCUAUUCACAGUGUAUAUCUAAAGAGGGGCGGUGAUCUGAGGUCAGGUUGCUUUUUAUGUCACAGUAGAGACAUUGGUUCUAUGACCUGACCAAUGACCCUGGAUCGGAGCCCUCGUUGCUCUCAGGAAAAAAGGCGCAACUCUGUAGCUUUUGUUGCCUUUUGUCAAGAGAUGCAUUAUUUUACCUUUUUUAGUGUUUUCUCAAAAGCUUUGUGAAUCCGGAUUGUCAUUGCCUGGGAAAUGAAAUCACUUUAGCAGCAGUGGGCAGAAUAUUAGCAUGCAUUAUAACUUUGUAGAAUAUACAUUUUACAUGCACGUGAUGAAGGAGGAAUAUCAUCCUCACCGUUCACUUGUACAGUUUCAGUGUGUAGGAUUUGGAUUAGUGGCAUCCAGCAGAUGCAGAGCUGAAACUUCUCCUGUGUACAGGAGAACUAUGGUGGCUGACAUGAAAACGCAAAUGGCCCCAUCUAGAGCCAGUGUUUGAUUUUUCUGUUCUGGGCUACUGUAGAACAUGGCGGAGGACUUA